CGGGCUCCCGUCCAUACUGAGGAUUGGUUCGCUACACAGCUUACUGCUUGGCUCUUGGCAAGCUCCAGUAUUUACAUGCCCACUUCUGACGGUUGCCCUAUAUGUCUCGUUUAAUUGCGUGAAAUUCAAUCACCGAGCCGCAGUACGCAGAGAUCUCCGCCAUGGACCCUAUCAACUCAACGUCUUUAAACCCGGGGGCUGAGUAUGGAAAUCUGCCAUUUGACCAAUUCGUUUUAGCUAAUUGGGAUGUCAAUAAAGCGGAAGAGCGGAAUCAGGAGCAGUGGAAUGAACUUGCUUACAGGUGGCUGUCGAUGAGCCAUGUUGAUCGCAGUCCAUACUGGAUGAUAUGCAAUCCUGCGGAUAGUCCUCCUCCUGGCGCGCCUUAUCUGCCAGCACCAUCACGCAUCCAGCGUAUACUAGCUCCACAUCAGACGAUCACUGAGCGCAAUGCAACCCAGAAAUUUCUGAGUCGCAUCCCUUACCCAGUCUGGAUCCGUACUUGCUAUACGGCUGAACUCGAUAGCGCUUACCGGGAGAUGUUCGAGGAUGGCCAGACAGACUUUGGACCGGAAAUCGUUCUUGACGAUGAAAGCCUGUACGGUCAGUUUGGGCAUGAUUGGACGAAGGUUUUCCUACGUCUACCUCAACUCCCAGACACUAUAGUCUAUUACAACGAUGGGCAUCCGGAGAAGGACGAAUCUCAUGUUCCGAUCUCACCACCAAACGAUGAGGCGAGACUGCCGCUGUACAACGCAGUCAUGAAGUGCAAAUCGUUCCAUUAUCUCUUUGACGAGGAAGCACUCCGAGAGAGGCUGAUCAAGAUACACUUCAUCGACAUUCAUGGACAGUCAGUCUGGUUCAAUAGAAUUAGGCCGGAGCACAUUCAAGAUUUUGAAGCAAGUCCCACCGGAGGCCAUCUGUCAGGGCACCUUGAGACUUGUGGGGACGAACCUUCACUAUUGCAUCCAGGGACGUUGCUCUAUGCGGAGGAGUAGGGCACUGUGUUGAAUAUCUACUAUCUGAAGAACCACACUAUAAGCAAUCCCAACAUGACACCUCCGUUCCAACGCUUCUCCGCGACUUAGUCGGCGUUAGUAGGGUAUGGCGGGAAGCAACUACUUGGGAAAGUUGUGCUAGGUAGUGGAUUCCCAGUCAUCUCAGGCUCACAAUACUUCUCGAGUAGUACCAAACACACGUUGCUGAGC